UAUACAGACAUUAAUUGCAGACAGGAACGAAGUAAACAACUCCCGAAGCAGUGUCAGGCACGUACCAAUUUCCUCAUUUAUCGGACAUCCAUUACCGGUUUUGUGUUAGCGCUACAACUGAUCUCACGACAAGUUACGGAAACAAGCGAAGGAAACGAAUGGAAACAUCAAUGAGAUGUCACCGUGGACACUUUGUGGUUACCCACAGCUAUUUUGAAGGGCUUUGACCGUCGUGCCAUUGCUUUUCUGGUCAGAGACAACUGCCUGAACCGUAGUAGUUCAGCUCAUCGGAGGAAUAACUCGGUCAUGAAAGCUUGGAUAAAAUGCCUGCUGCUCCUCGCCUGCACCUGUAGUUACAUCGUGCUGGGCGGAGUCACCUUCAUCGCCCUAGAGCAUGAGGAGCCCAUCAGAGUUCAGCGAGAACUCACCGAGGCUGUGGCCAGCUUCGUGGCCAACAACAGUUGCUGUGGUGUAACGGAUGAAACCCUGCGAGACUUCCUGGAGGAAGUGGUCAUCAAGGCGAACGAAAAUGGGGUGUUUUGGUCCAAAGCGCACCCCGCCACGGGCUUAAAAGAAGUCUGGGUCCUUUCAAACGCCUUUCAGCUCUCGUUUGAAGUCGUUACAACAAUUGGGCAAGGAUUGAUUGUGCCAAGGACAUUCCGGGGUCGAUUGUUCUGCAUGUUUUACGCCAUCUUCGGAGUUCCACUCUGCUACUUAAUGCUGACUACGGUGGGCGACACUUGCUACUUCAUGUGGAGGAAACUGCGUCGACUCUUCUCUCGCAUCCGACGACGAUCCAUUCGCCUGACCUUAGGAGUGCCGUGUACCCUCUUCGUGUUGUAUCUAGUCCUGGUCACCAUUCCGGCUACAUUCGUGGGUAUAGCGGAGGGUUGGAACUACUUCACCUCAGAGUAUUACUGCUUCAUGAUCAUGAGCACCGUGGGACUCGGAGACUUGUCCCGGAAAGCGCACAGUUCGGACUCGGUCAUGAUGAACUGGAUCAGGAAGGUCUUCUCCGUGAUCUACGACUUUGUCUGUCUCGGCAUCAUCUCCGUCAUCUUGAAGGGUAUAAAUGAGUACAGGAAGGAAGUGCGUAGCCACAGGGAGGCCAAGAGACUGAAGAAGGAGACUGGGAAAGGGGAAGCAAGAAACGUCUCCUUCAUUCCUUACAGUGUCGAUCAGUUGCCCACAGAGCAAGGGCUCUCCACUUCUCAAGACUCCGAACAGGAUUUUGGUUGUCCCUGUAUCAAAGACACCGGAGCGUAUUGAAUCACGUGGUCCGGAAAACGAAUCUGCCUUCCCCUUUGACACAGCACUCUCUUAAAUACUGGAGGGCCAGUCUUUCAAAUCCAAACAAUGUUUUCUGUUGUCGUUGUUUAUAAUGACAUUCGUACAAUAAAUUAAUUUUAAUACUUUGAGGCAUGGAUUUACGAUCAGCCAAAAUCUUAAAAUGCAAGAGGCAACAGUGUUAGUCUCAGGAUCAAAUGCAAUUAAAUAGAAGAGUCAAAAUACUAUGACACAACGCAAGAAGGGCAUCCGUUGAAACACAUUAACAGGGUACCUACCCCUUUGGGAGGCGGUUUAGAAGCAAAUGGCUUGAUUGCAACGAGGCCCGCUUGUUUCUUUCAAGGAACAAUUAAAAAAACAAAACACAGGCGCAAUGGCGCGAGAAAAGCACCAGUGUCCUCCUGCCUGUCCACAGAAUUUCUGGAAAAGCAGUAUACUUGAUAAAACUCAAAAGGAUUUUCCCAAGUUUAUCAUUCUAAAUAAAUGGAAUUGUCUUCAGAGAUUUUCAUUCCAUCCAAAAGACGCAAAAAUUUCAAUCGGUUAGGCUGAAAUCGAACCCGUGACUUUAACCACCUGUUACAAUAUACAUAAAAAUAAGUAUUAUUUGACAAUAUACACUUUUUUAAAACUUUAACAAUGUAACCAAAUUUAUUUGUAUUUGUAAAACCUUUUAUUCUUACUGUUUCGUGACAAAUACCAUACCGACAUUUGACGUUUCUCUUCUUUUCUAAAGUCUUGAAGGUUUGCAAUGACCUUUUGUGAAUUUUUGCGUUGGGGAGAUGUUAAUUAUAUAUAACAGGU